GCUAAUUGUUUUGCAAUAACAACGAAUGUCGAACUGAGUGUACUUCAAUAUAAUAUAACCAUCGAAUCGAUCGAUCAAUACCCCACAUGGCGGAUUUGUGUGACUAAAGUUCCUCUGUUAAAUUCACUAAUUGUUCGUACAAAGUUGUAUAAAUUGUUGGUUUAUUGGUUUGAAGCUGACUUCUUCUGAAAUCUCUAUUUUGUUGAUACAGUGUACGUGCAAUUUACAGUUACAACCUACAAAAUUGAAUCAAUAUAUAAUGUCAACUUUUCUUGGGCUUGUUAAGGAAAUACCUGGGAUCUCUGUGGAUCGUUUUGAUGGAGAAAAUUUAAUGUCUUCCGCAUUCUUUCUAACGCACUGUCAUGUCGAUCAUAUGCAUGGUUUGUCAGAUAUGUUUUUCAUGGAUUUAGAUGUAUAUAACAAACAUCUUUAUUGCAGUUCUAUUACAAAGGCAUUGUUACAGAAUAAAUUUAAGUGUAAAAACUCUUCUAUUAAAGAAAUAGAUAUUAAUAUACCUGUUGUUGUAGAAUAUAAACUACAGAAUGAAGAAAAAAUCCUUAUUACUGUAACUUGUAUUUCGGCAGGACAUUGUCCAGGAUCUGUGAUGUUUCUGUUUGAAAGAAAUAACGUGUCUGUAUUAUAUACUGGUGAUUUUCGCAUUAAUCCAAUGGACUAUCCAAACUUAAAAGGACUACAUUACUAUGAAAACUCUAAGUUACUACCUAAAACAUUUACCAAAAUCUAUUUGGAUACAACAUUUUUGAGUAAUGACUUUUCUUCUUUUCCUACCAGAAAAGAAAGUAUAGUUAAAAUGAGUAGUGUUGUUCGUGCUUGGUUAAGCGAAGACCCAAUGAAUGUUGUCAUUCUGGAGUGUUCUGCUACAUAUGGUUCUGAAUUUCUCUUUGUAGAACUUUCUAAACUUUUAAAUAUGAGAAUUCAUGUAAAAAAUUAUGUAUAUGACAGUUACUGUCGAAUUGAUCAGUUGCUUGAUCAUGUCACAAAUAAUCCAUAUAGUACACCAAUUCAUGCGUGUAAGAAAAAAAUAUCCCAGUCAGGUUUAUUCUGUAGACACGAUGUAAGCGACAUAAACAUUUUAACAAUUAUUCCAUCUGCAAUGAAAUGGAGGGGAAGAGAUACAAGUGUAGUAGGAGAAUGGGAUGAUGUUAAGAAAAGAACAUUUAAUGUAUGCUAUUCCACACAUUCCUCUUUUAAUGAACUCUCAGCAUUUCUUCAAUAUUUUAAUGCAUUGGAAAUAUAUCCGUGUGUAGUUAAGCCUGAGAAUGAAAUAGAAAUUUAUUCUUUAUUAAAUGAAAUAACAAACAAACCACAUCAACGAGAGUCAGUUAAGAAGGAAUAUAAAUUGGAAUUACCUAAUCAUAAAGUAUUAAAUGACCAUUCAUUUAAGUCUAAAUACUUUAGCAGCGAUGAGGAUAGUUUAUGA